GAACAUCCAUAUCAAAUAUAUUUAUUUUCUAUUCCAACUUUUGUGUUAAAUGUUUAAGUUAUAAUAUAAGUGAUGAAUUGUUUAAGAGUUGAUGUUUAAUUGUUCAAGUUAUGAUUUAUUGAUUGAUUAUUGUCUCUGAAACUAUAAAACCUUUCUAUAAAACCUUUCUAGGCCAAAAUGUUUGACAAAAAGAUUGAAUCUUUGUUUGUUGAAUCAAUUUGACUUUGAAGGAAUUUUAGCUCUAAGCUACUGUUAAAUCUAAACUCAAAAUGGUGUUCUGAGAACUAUUAUUCACCAGAUUUUACUUAAAUUGGACCAAAUUAGGAUCGCGACCUAAUCCAAUUUAAAAUGAUAUUCUUUUAAAGUCCAAAGUGCUUUUAAUAGCCGAACUUUUCUAGAAACCAAGUGUCACUUGAUUAAUACUUGCUGCCUCGUUAAGUGGUUUUUGCUAAUCAAGGUUCUCGAACUGAUUUUGUUAAAUAACCGUAGUGUUACUGCAAGAUUGUUAUGGUGAUGUUUUCCAAAGAUUUUAAUGCGCUAUUCUUAGUAGUAACUUAAGGGUUGGUCUUUGGGUUGCUAAGGAUAGUAGGGUUUAGAGUUAGGGUUGGUCUUAACAUGAGCUAAUAUGAAUGGGAAAAUAGGGAAGAGCCGUUGGUGGACCUCUUCUUCAGCCUAACCCUGAGUUUAAUUAGCAGUUUAAUUUCAGAAUCAAGGCAUAAUUAAUGGAUUAAUCAGAUUUGUUCAGUUUAUUUUCUAUUAAAAAUUAUAAGUAUUUUCAAAAUGGUUUAAGUUAAUUAUUACUGUCUACGUUUUUAUAAAGUUUAAAUGCGUGUUUGUUUGUGUGUUUGUUUCUCCCUGAAUGUCUUCUGAAUUCGAGAAUUAUCAUUCAAACUCCCCCAUAUCCUUUAGUUUUAGGUUAUAGAUUUUAGUUAGUAGUUUUUAUUCCAUAAAAGUGACAAAGUAAACUGAUUUUCAUAGCCUAAAAAGGUAUCUUUCCUCGUGGGAUCGACCCUUACUUACCCUAUCUAUAUGUUUUGAUGAAUAUUGAAUCAUAAAGAGGGUUAAGAGUUAAGGAAAAUAAUAAAUUAAUUUGUAGGUGCUACGACACGCCUGGCAUGUACGAGUCAUACAAGAAAAAAGUCGGAAGGUGAGUAUGUUGCAGGUGGCAUUCGUCCAGUGAGGUGAUGAUAGAUCGGGGCAUUAUAUUCUUCGGUAUGGAGUUUGUAGGAGGACAGUCCCUGCUUUUGGUUUUACCUCUUUUUAUUAUGAGAAAUGAGGUAGGAGAGGCCCAUCAAGUUCCUUUGACAUUUCAAUGAAGCAAAUCUGGUAGGACAGUCCCUCCACCUUCACUUUGAAUCUUUAGUUCAAAUGCAGAAAACUUGCGGCAGUGAUGAUGAUACAUGUAUAUAUGUUAGUCUAACUAGCUAGCUCCUUGUGGUAGUGAGAUUAUUUUUGAAAGAACACGAAAAAGUAGGAUUAUUUGAGAUAGUUUUUUCAUUUUUUUUUUAAAGAAAACAUCUCACGUUGUCUUGUAAGAGCCCUAGUAAAUUUGUUGCAUUCAACCUGGAGAAAAUUAGAAACGAUAUUUUUUAGGGCCCGUUUGCCCAACCCGAUCGCUUCCGAUCCGACCAUUCAAAUUUCCGCGGAAACCCCAUCCCCUGAAUUUAAUUUUUUCCCCUGAGAAACCAUGUUCGGACUGACGCUCGGAACCUGCUGGAACGGCACCGGCCGAGAACUGUUCUUCUUUUCCAGGUCUUACUGCUCUACCUCUACCGACGGUAGAGAAACUGCGCCGGCACCGCGCUCGUUCUUGCCGGAGUUCCUCACCGACUCGCUCGGAUUCUCCCUGAAAGAAUCGACCUCGAUAGCCUCCAAGGUAGUCAAGUAUUCGUCGAGAACUAGGCCCGUUUUGGUCGUAGAUAUUCUGAAGGGGACCGGCCUCGAUUCGAGCGAGAUUAGAAAAUGCGUUUCCAGGUUCCCCAGAUUGCUUUACUUCGAUGUUGACAAAACCCUAACCCCCAAAUUCGAGUUUCUUCAGGAACUCGGGUUUUCCUCCUCGGAUCUCGCCCACAUUAUCGUUAAAGCCGCGGAGAUUUUUUCUAUGGGCCUGGACACCAACCUCAGGCCCAAUGUUGCUUCCCUCUUACAAGUGUAUGGUGGAAACACAGAGGAUCUGCGCAGGACAGUCAAGUCAUUUCCAUGGAUGCUUUGUUGUAGGUAUUUGCCUGAAAAUAUUUCCUAUUUCAAGGAGAUUGGCUUUUCGAUUGAGCAGAUUAGGCGGUUCGUCUCCUAUAGGCAACGCCCUUCUUGCUAUCCUACUAGAUGGUUUCAGGAGAGGGUGGAUAUCCUGGAAAACAAUUUCGGCAUUCUUCGUGGCUCCCCUAAGCUCUUCUAUGGACUCUACGCCACAUGUUGUGCCAGUAAAUCAAAGAUGGACAAAAAAGUUGCAAUCUUUAGGAGUUUUGGGUGGUCUGAAUCGGAGAUCAUCACCAUGUUUCACACCCAACCCAAUUACUUUGCCUACUCGGAGGCCAACAUUCAAAGGAAAUUGGAUUAUUACAUGAACAAUCUGGGUUUGGAACCUGCUUAUAUGUCAACUCGACCUUUCUUGACUUAUAGUCUGGAGAAGAGGGUGAUUCCCAGGAUUGAGGUAGUCACCAACACAUUGAAGGAGAAGAAGCCGUCCUCUUUUUAUUCCAUCAUAUGCUUAACAGAAUCAAAUUUUGAAAAGAAAUACCUCCUUCCCUAUAAAGAUGUGGUGCCUGGCAUAUAUGAGUCAUACAAGAGCAAAAUUGGAUGAUAGAUCGAUCAUCAUAUGACAUUCUUCUCUAUCCAGAUUGUGAUUGUAAGUAAUGAGACCACACUCAAGCACAUUCCUACUUUCUGUUUUACUUCUGUUCUGUCCCUUGUCACUAUGGUGUUAUAAUUAUUGUCGAUUAAUGUCACCAUAAUCUUUAGUUAGACUUGUGAUAUUAUAAUGCUGUAUGUCUGAUGUCCAUAUGCAUGUGUUGAACUGCAAGCUUGGCCUAGCUUUAAUGG